UAUCACACACAACACACCACACACAAACGGCGUGAAAAACUAUUCUUCCUUAUGAAUGAAAGUUGAUUCAAGUGAUAAUGACAAUAGGGAAUGGUACUAUAGCAGUUUUUUUACAUAGUCGGAGAUUUUACAAGUACUGGAGAAUUCUCGAACGAAGCAAUAACAGUUACACUGAUUGGACUACUAACCUAACAUUGCGGCCUCGAAUAUUCUUUCAAAAUGUCAGCAGAUGUAUGUCAGUUGCUUACUCUAUAUUACCAGAAAAUGAUGUGAAAAAAUUUUUCGAAUAUCUAAUUAAAGCUUACAAAAAUGGAAAUAGCACUGAUUUUGAUAAACUACUAGAAUAUCAUCCGAUUAAGAAGUUAUUGAAUGAAAGGAUGAACCUUCUAGACAGUAUUAAAAGUGUAAUAGAACUAGCACAAAAUUCUGAGCUUGCAACGCUUGCUAGAGAGGAAAGAGAAACUUACGAAUUACAGUUAAAAAAAGUUGAUGACGAGCUAUCUAGAUUAAUACUUGAAAAUUUAGGAAAAGAACAUUAUGAUGAUAUUAUUCUAGAAAUUACCGCAGGUGUUGGAGGACAGGAAGCAAUGCUUUUUGUCAAAGAUCUUUUGGAAAUGUACAUAAAACAUAUUGGGCACUUGGGUUUCAGUUAUGAUAUUAUUGACUUAGACGACUCUGAAAAGGGUGGAGUUAGGCAUGCCAGUUUGAUGAUAUCCGGUAGAAAUGCUUUUCAUCAAUUCAAACACGAAGGUGGAGUUCACAGAGUUCAACGAGUUCCUGCAACCGAAAAAUCUGGAAGAAUCCACACAAGUGUUGUUUCAGUAGCAAUUCUACCUCAACCCAGUGAAAUCGAUAUACAAAUAGAUCCUAAAGACUUGAGAAUAGAUACUAUGAGAGCAAGUGGAGCUGGAGGACAACACGUAAACACUACAAAUUCUGCUGUGAGAAUAGUUCAUAUACCCAGUGGAACAGUCGCAGAGUGUCAAACAAAUAGAUCACAAAUGAAAAACAAGGAAUUGGCUAUGGCAAAAUUAAGGGCCAAAAUAUAUCAGGAGAAGCUAGAUAAACAGUUGAAAAGUACUAAAGGCAUGCGUAAACAGCAAAUGGGAAGCGGGGAGAGACAUGAAAAAAUUAGAACUUACAACUAUCCUCAAGACAGAAUAACAGACCACAGACUUUCAAAUUGCACCAUGCACAAUUUAGAAGGAUUUCUGAAAGGUGGUGGGACAUUGGAAAAACUGCAUGUAAAGCUUCAACAAAUUGUACAGCAUAAGAUGUUAUUGGAAGCUAUAAAAGAUCUUGAAUAAGAGCCACAUCCA